AUGAGUGUGAAUUGUUUCCCCGAUUCUCCAAUCAGCUUUUCUCCAACACUUACCCCCAGGAACGUGUCAGGCACGGGGCUGACCUGCCCUGCAGACGGCAGCGAGUGCCUGGUGAAUCAGAGAAACACCACCAGCUUCUGCCACCUCUGCUUCUCCUUCUGCUCCUCCUGCACCCCCCUUGCUUCCCAGGCAAUCGUCUUGCUUCCCCCCAUCCCCUGCCAUGCUUCCCCCCAUCCCCUUCCCUGCUUCCCCCCAUCCCUUCCCUGCUUCAACCCAUCCCCUCCCGUGCUUCCCCCCAUCCCCUUCCCUGCUUCCCCACAUCCCCUUCCCUGCUUCCCCCCAUCCCCUUCCCAGCUUCCCCCAAUCCCCUUGCCUGCUUCCCCCCAUCCCCUCCCCUGCUUCCCCCCAUCACCUUCCCUGCAUCCCCCCAUCCCCUUCCCUGCUUCCCCCCAUCCCCUUCCCUGUUUCCACCCGUCCCCUUCCCUGCUACCCCCCAUCCCCUUCCCUGCUUCCACCCGUCCCCUUCCCUGCUUCCCCCCAUCCCCUUCCCUGCUUCCACCAGUCCCCUUCCCUGCUUCCCCCCAUCCCCUUCCCUGCUUCCACUUGUCCCCUUCCCUGCUUCCCCCCAUCCCCUUCCCUGCUUCCCUGGAUCCCCUUCCCUGCUUCCCCCCAUCCCCUUCCCUGCUUCCCCCCAUCCCCUUCCCUGCUUCCACCCGUCCCCUUCCUUGCUUCCAUCCAUCCCCUUCCUUCUUCCAUCCAUCCCCUUCCCUGAUUCCCCCCAUCCCCUUUCCUGCUUCCAUCCAUCACCUUCCCUGCUUCCCCAUGUCCCCUUCCCUGCUUACCCCCAUCCCCUUCCCUACUCAUAUUCACUGGAAUGAGCUCCGCAUUUAG